AUGAAGUCCACUCUUGGCUCCCUAGUGCUUGCGCUGGUCACCGCAGCGUCCAGUGCACCGACAACGCUGCACCACCAAGGCCUCCUUCGCAGGUUCUCCUCGCUUGUCGUCUUCGGCGAUAGCUACACCGACAACGGGGUCUACUCCUACAUCCCGCCUGUCGCGCCGCAGUCCAACGAGACUAGCACCGGCGGCCGCGUCUGGCCCAGCUAUGUGCAGCAAUAUAGCGGCGUUAACCUAUACGACUAUGCGGUCUCGGGGGCCGUCUGUGACUCCGUGAUUGCCAACACCGAGCGCAGCGGGAUUAAGCAGGACCAGAUGUCCAGCUUUCUUACGGAUAACAGCUACAGAGAUAAUCGCACCGGGUCUCGCGCGCUGAUCAAUCCCUCCGACGAGACCGUCUACGCAAUUUGGAUCGGAACCAAUGAUCUAGGAUACGGCGGGUUCCUGACCGAAGUACAGCCGGACGGGAUGCCGCUGACGUAUUUUACGGACUGCGUGUAUGAGCAGCUCGACCGGUUACAUGCCGUCGGCGCACGCGCGUUCGUGCUGAUGAAUAUCGCGCCCUUGGAUCUCUGUCCAGAGUAUGCGCGGCCUGAGAACGGCGGAGACGAGACCGGACAGUUCUGGUCGAACAAGGCCGGGUAUGAUACGAACGUCACCCGGUCAAGUGAGAAGAUGAGGCAGUACUUCACUAUGGUGAACGAGGUCUUUGAGUACCGGACGCCGUUUGAGCUGCUUUUGGCGAACAGGUAUCCGGGAAGCCGGUUCGCGGUUUACGACGUGCAUGCCUUGAUGACUGAUAUCUGGGAGAACCCAGGAAAUUACCUCAACGGGACUGUGCCAUAUAAUGUCACGAGCUCGGUCUACCAGUGCGGCGAUGCGUGUUCGGCCAGCGAGGUCCGCGACAGCUAUAUGUGGUAUGACGAGCUGCAUCCAUCGGAGCAGACGGAUCGCAUUGUUGCGCGGGAGUUUGUGAACGUUGUCCGAGGGGAGACCAAGUGGGCUAGGUUCUGGAGGAGCUAGAACGAUCACAUAUAGCUUACUCGUCUAAUAUGGCUCGACGCAACAUCUUCUAUCUUGCCUUAGAGCACGACGGACUGUAGGUCAGAGAACGGAGUGGGCAAGACGCACGGAGUUAGGGUUGCAGUAUGAUCAGAAGCCCUUACGAUGUGGACAGGAAAUGACCCAAGACAUUUCCAGAGCACGCGGAUAGAGUGAAAGAUUUAAUGUAUACCAAAUUACAAGAGCUAUUUUUGCCGACGAAACGGAUAAAUGGACCGUACUGGCGGC